GGACGUUUGAGUUAGCACGUGAUUUGCCUUAAUGGGGAAGGUAUGCGGGAUUUGCAAGGUAAUGCGAAGAAUUUUAGGAGUCUGAAAAUAACUAAUCUGGACGGUGGGGUUUAAGGUUUCUGAAGCCUGAGCUCUGUGGCAGGUCUGGGUUCUGGAACAGGCAGUGAAUUAUAUUCGUACCUGUUGAAGUGAGUUAGUCAAGACCUGUGACUUUUACAAGUAUAAGUAUUGGUACGGAGUUAGGAGGGCCUGAAAUUGCUGGAGCAAGGUAGUUUCUUUCCCUGUGCAGGUGUCGAGUCAUCUAUAUGACAGUUACAUUUGUUCUGCUGUUUUACUAGCUCUUGAGUCCUCGCCAACUUCCCUCAGGAAAUACUGAGGGGAGGUCGCUGCUUCCAAAAUACCGGUAGAUGGCACCACAGGACACUUGCAGAAUUUACCGAGUUUGGAUUUCUGGCUAGACUGGAGAGAAGAUGGGUGGAUUGGGCCUGAUUAAAUUCUAGAAAUCUCAGAUUUUUUUUUUUUUUUUUUGGCUCUGUUAUAUUCUUUGUGUAGUUAAACUGAUGUACUUAAAGAAAGCAAAAGAGGAAAAAGAAAGAAAGAAAAGAAAAAGGAAAGACAACAGAAAAGAAAGAAGAAAGAGAAAGGAAAGAGGCAGAUCUGGGGUGAUGGCUCACACUCCUUAAUUCCCAUACUCUGCUAGACUAGAUGAUUGAAAGCCCAGGGUUCAGUCUGCACAAUUUAGCGAUUUAGCGAGAACCUGCCUCACAAAUAAAAAAUAAGAGGGGAGAAGGCUGAGGCGCAGUUAAGUGUGCCGGCCCUGGGUGCCAUCUCCAGUAUACAAAAAAAAUUUUUUUCUCUGCCUUUAAGGAAUUUAUUUUGCAUAAAUCAGACACACAUAUGUGAGUACUGCAUUGUUUCUCUAGUGUGAGAAACCGAAAGUGUAGGGGGCUGGGGAUUUAGCUCAGUGGCAUAAGCACCUGCCUUAAAAGCAGGUGGUCGUGGGCUAGGGAUUUAGCUCAGUGGCAUAAGCGCCUGCCUUAAAAGCAGGUGGUCGUGGGCUAGGGAUUUAGCUCAGUGGCAUAAGCGCCUGCCUUGCAAGCAGGCAGUCGUGAGUUUGAUCCCUGGUACCGAAAAAGACAAAAAAAAAAAAAAAAAAAAAAAAGGCAGGUGGUCGUAAGUCGAUCCCCGGUGCUGAUAAAAAAAAAAGGAAGAAAGAGAAACCGAAAGUGUAAGUAAGGACCAAAAUGUAUUUUGAAAUAGUAGGAAAAUGUUCACAUGGAGAGGGGAAUAAGAGAGGGAGAAGGGAAAGGAAACCAGAGAAAGUAAGAAAAAAAAAAAAAAGAAAAGAAAACAUGGAAAUGAAGCUUGGUAAAUGGCGAGGGUAGGAAGGGGGGAAGGAAGAGUAGGGGAAUGGAAGAAAAAAAACAAGUUAUAUCAUGUAAAAGUACAAAUUCUUUAUGAUGAAUGUGAUCAUUAUGUAUAUCUAGAAUGUAUCAAUAAAAUCUAAUGUAAAAAAAUAAAAUAUUCAUGAUUUUAAAAAGGAAUUUAUUUUCAGACAAUAAUACAAAUACCUAGAUAGCCCUAGAAAAAAUUGGAAAGGUUUUGAAUAGUGGAGAAAGCACAGCUUGAAAUUAUCUUGAUUGAGCUACAAACUUUGGGUAUUUACUAUAAUUUGGGUAAAUUAUUUAACUUUUAAAAAAUUAAAUUUGAAACCAGACAUGGUGGCACAUUCCUGUAAUUCUAGCACUUGGGAGGUUGAGGCAGGAGAAUUUGUUUGCAAGUUCAAGACCAGCCUGGGCUACAGAGUGAGCCCAAGGCCAGCCUGAGCUGUGUAGCAAGACCCUGUCUCAAAAAGACAAAUAAAUAAAUAAAUUAAAUUAAAUUAAAUUAAAUUUUAGCAGCCCCAUGUUGUGCCACUUGGGAGAUUCAGCAGCAAUAUUGUGAGAUCCCAGCCUUGGGAAUUUAGUGAGACCCUGCCUCAAAGUAAAAUUUAACAGGAUACAAAAACACAUAAAAAUCAAUAGCAUUCUUUUUUUUGUUUGGUCUUUUUCCUUUUUAUCGGUACCAGGGAUCCGACUGCCUGCUUACAAGGCAGGUGCUUAUGCCGCUGAGCUAAAUCCCCAGCCCCAAUUCUUGUACACCAAUAAUGAACUCACCUAAAAAAAAUUAAGAAAACAAUACCAUUCACAGUAGCUUCAAGAAAAGUUAAACAAGUAGGAAUUAAUAAAGGAAAUGAAAGACAUCUGUUAAAGAAAACUAUAGUACUCUGAAAAAGAAGAUGGAAGAGGGCUAUUUUGGCUUUCCUCUAAAUAACCUGCCCUGUGUCCUCCAAGGUGUACUUUUUUUUUUUUUUUUUUUUUUUUUUUUGAGACAAGGUCUUGCUGUGUAGUCCAGGCUGGCCUCAAACUUGCAGUGAUCCUCCUACUUCAGCCUCCUGAGUGCUGGGAUUACAGGUGUGAGCCACCUUGUUCAUCCCUCCAGGGUGUGCUUUUAUUUUGCUUUUUCCCUUUUUCACUAGACUGAAGUUCACUCUGCAGAGCCAGUUGCUCCUUCAGCCUUUGCUUCUGUUUUUUCAAAUAAACUUUGUCAUUGCUUUAAAAAAAAAAAGGAUGACAUCAUAAAAUGGAAAUAUAUCCCCGAUUCCAGAUAAGCAGAACCAGUACUGUCAAAAUGGCCGUAAUAGCUGGGUGGUACACGCCUAUAAUCCCAGUUUUGUGAUGCCCUAAUCUCCUGCUCCAGUUAAUGCAUUUUCUGCCCUGUUUAAGAAAUCUUUGCCUGUUGUCCGGAGUUGUGUCUUAAUGGUUGAAUGUUUACCUCGUUCACAUGAGGCCCUGUGUUCAAUCUCUGGCACCACCAAAAAAAGGAGAAAAGCUGUUCGCCUGUGACUGAUGUAACAAAUCUGUCCGCUUAUGCUGCAGCUUCUUUAUUUUACUGCUUAUAAAUUGGCUGGAACAGAUUUUGUGUAACCUGUGAGGGCAAGGUGUAGAGUUUAUUGAAGAAAAAGAACAGACUGAACUCUGAGACUUGGGGUUCUACCUUACCCCUGUUGAAUUCUUGGAGAAGAAGACCCUAGAUUCUGUGUAUGCAUACCAUGCAAUAUUUACUCGAAUUUGGAUGUUGGGGCGGGCCUUAUCUGUGCCAGAGAACUCUGGAAGGUGCCUUGACUGCUGGCCAGGGCCGUGUCCUUUUUGACCUCCUUCCCUCUAUAGCCAUCAUCUACCUCUCUACCUCUACACCUGUACUUCCACCUCUACCCCAGCUGAAGAAUUCUUGUAUUUUGAGGCAUGAAAUCAGUCAGGUGGGGUUACUUUUCCUCAGGUAAUUGGGCUGCCCAUCUAUUCAGAUUCAUAAAGAAGGAAAUUGAUUUUUGACUUUUUUUUUUUGACCAGAGUCUUGCUAUAGUAUAUAGUGCAGAACUCCCUAUGUAGCUCAAGCUGGCCUCAAAUUGAACUCCUGGCAAUCCUCCUGCCUUGGCUUCCUGAUGCUGGGGCUACAGGUGCUGGAUUUACCACCACGUCUGAAUUUGUUGUAAUUUUUGAGCAAAGAUCAUAACAAGAAUCUAGAAGAACUUUAUAUUUUCCAAAGCAGUGAACAUACACCGCUGACUCACACAUUCAAUACAUUGUUACAGGUAUAUAUAGUAGUACCUAUCAUCCAUAUGGACAAAAUUUUUUUGGGGGGGUGAUAUUGAGGUAGGGUUUUACUACAUAGCCCAGGAUGUUCUUGAAGUUGAAACCCUCCUGCUUCAGUCUUCUGAGUGCUGGGAUUAUAGAUGUGUGUCACCAUGCCUAGCUGAACUGAUGUUUUCAGAGAUGAAAUACAGAGGGCUGUGGAUAUAGCUCAGUGGUAGAGCACCUACAUAGCUAGUGUGAGGCUCAAUCCCUAGUGCUAAAAUACAACAAAAAGAUGAUGUAUGUAAAAUGUUGCUGUAUAGUUUAGCAAUGUAGGUUAGCAUUAAUGGAGAAUAUUUGUGAUGGAUUUUGAUGAUACUUUGUACUCCAGUUAAGCAGAAACACAGUUCCCUAAAGAAUUCCAUCCUUAUUAGUGAUUAAAAAUUUUUUUUCAAGAGACCAUGCCUAGAUAACUAAUUGCUUUCUAGUCUCCCUAGUGUCAUUUUUACACUCCUGUGUGUGUGUGUGUGUGUGUGUGUGUGUGUGUGUGUGUGUAAUUUUUGAAGCAGGGUCUUGCUGUGCAGUUCAGGCCAACCUGUAGGCAUGAACCACCUGGCCUGACUUGUCUUCCCUAUUCUACAUUAGGAUGACUUGAAUAAUCUUUUCAAAAGGGCUUUACAGCUCUCUACUGUUCUUCUGGGCAGGCAUAGGGGUGCAUUUCUGUAAUCCCAACACUCUAAGGAAGGUAGAUUGCAAGUUUGAGCUUAAGUGGAUUGACUUAGCCACACCCCAUCUCUAAAUAAAAAAGGGCCGGGGAUAUAGCUCAGUGUGAAGGCUUUGGGUUCACUCCCUAGUACCACACACACACACACACACACACACACAAAUAUUCAAAUAUUAUUUUGUUUCGAAUGUUAUCUAUUUAAAAAUUGUGGACAUUUGUUUUCUUUUUUGUUAUAUAAGUCUCUACAUAAUUGCUUUAGUUUUGCAUUUUAUCUCACAAAGCCUAAACAUUUACUGUGUGAUUCUUUUUCCUUUUGGAGACAGGGUCUCAAUUAUGUAAUGCAGGCUGUCCUUAAACUCACUGUGGAACCCAGGUUGUUCUGGAACUUGCAGCAAUCUUCCUGUCUCAGUCUCCUGUGUGCUGUAAUUACAGGCUUGUGCCACCAUGCCUGGCUAUACUGUAUGACCUUUACAGAAAAUGUUUGCUGAUAUCUCUUUUGACAGUGUACAGUACUAAAACUGAGAGGAUACCCAGUAAUGUUUUACAUGUUUUCAAAUAUUGAAUAAUGUUUUCCAGUAGAGAGACACACGUCCUUCUCUCAUAGAGGUUUUAUGUUCUGGAUGAGGCUGGGGAAUCAGGCAAUAAAUAGAAAUAUGCAAAUAAGUAGGUAUUUGAAUUAAUGCUAUAUGAAAAUAAGACAAUAUAAUAAAGAGGGAUGGGGACACAACUGAAUUGAGUGGCCUACGGAGGCAUUACUAGGGAGGCACAUGUGUGUUCAACCUGAUGAUAAAGAUGAAUCAGAUGAACCAGGUGUGGUGGCACAUGCCUGUGACCCCAGCACUUUGAGAGGCUGAGGCAAGUUGAGCCCAGAAUGGAUAACUUGAUGACUUAGUGAGACCCUGCUCAAAAUACAAAGUAAAAAGGGCUGCAGCAUACAGUUUAGUGUGAAAGCCCCGGCUUCAAUCCUUUGUACAGGGAGUGGGAGGAUAAAGACCAACGUAUCUACACUAAGGUAAGAUGUGAACCAUCCAGACCAGGUAUCGUGUUUGCCUCUUGCAUCUAUCACGAGGCCAGAUAAUGCAUCUUCUUUGCAAAUGGUUCUAUCUUUCAUGCUUCCUGUCUUUUUUUUUCAUUCUCUUGCCUCUGCCUUCCAAAGUGGUGGAUUAUACACUUUUAUUUUUCAGAUUUCUUUUUUAGAUUUUUGAGUCAGGGUCUUAUUUUGUAGUUCAGGCUGGCCUUGAACUCAUGGUGAUCCUCCCACAUCAGUCUCCUGAGUGCUGGAAUUUCAGGCAUGCACCAUGCCUGUAUGUAUGGCCUCUGUAUCUUAUUUAUGGGUCUGUAGUUGCAUGAGAUGAUCUCUAAAGUCCAGCCCCGCUCUGACAUCUGGUGCAUAAUACUUAGCAAGAAAUAUUAAAGCUACCCAGGUGUGGUGGCACAUACCUGUAAUCCCAGCACUUGGGAGGCUGAGGCAGGAGGAUUGUUGAGACUUUGAGACUAGCCUGGGCUACCAAGUGAGUUCAAGACCAGAAAGAAAAGAAAUAUUAAAGCUGCGAAACUCAAAUCAGUAUUUAUUUUACUCUUUUUUUUUUUGGAUGGCAGCCUGGGAAAAGUUGGAUAAAGUAAGCUUUAGGAAUCAGUUAUGGAUUCUAAUUGUGCAAGUUGUUUUGCUUUUGUUUUGUUUUGUGAGACAGAGACAGAGUCUCACUAGAUGGCCCAGACUGGCCUUAAACUUGUGAUCCUCCUGCCUGAGUAUUAUAUGUGUACAACACCAUGUUUGUUUCAUUUUGGUUUUGGCACUUGGAAUCAAACUCACAACCUCACACUUGCCAGGCAGGUGCUGUGCCACUGAGCUAUAUCCCUGGCUUUCCUUGCUUUUCUUUUCUUUCCUUUCUUUUUCUUUCUUUCUAUCUUUCUUUCUUUCUUUUUUUCUUUUUCUUUUUCUUCUUCUUUGUGAGAUGUGAUCUCACUUUGUCGCCUAGGCUGACCUUGAGGCCCUGGCUUUCUAUCAUUGUUUGAAUUCUCCUGAAUAUACACCUGCCAUGCUGAGGAGUAUACCUGAUCUUGAUGAAGUGUCUGAAUAACAGAGGACAUUAUUAUAUUCUUUCAUGAACUUUUCCUUUUAACAGGGAAUCAUAUGCUUUGGAGCCAGGAUUACUGCCUUCAGAUUCUGACCUCUGUUCUCCUUAGCCCACUUUUACUACCUAGGUGUACUGCUCCCCACUGCCCACAGCAUAAGAAAUAACAAACAUGCAUUGGGCUUUUCGUAUAUAUGAGGCAGUUUUAAAUGCAUUUUCUCAUUUGAAUCUCAAAGCCAUCUUAUUAAGUAGAUACUAUUAUUAUUCUCUGAGAGAUUGAGAUCAUAUAAUUUGAUCAAGGACACAAGUAUCAGAACUAGGUCUCAAAUCUAGCUGUGGCAGGUAGAUUCAGAUGCUGCUCAGUAUUCUGACUCCUGGUAAUAUCCAUGUACUUGCAUAUAGGUGUUCCUUUUCCUUGAAUAUGAUUUGCUUCUGUUAAAGGGAAUACAUUAAAGCUGAGGGGUGUCACCUCUCUGGUUUUGCUAGUAGACUCUAUUGCCUUCUCGGCUCACACCAUUUCAUGAAAUAAACUACUAUGCUGGAGACACCCACAGGUUAAGGAACUGAGGUGAUGAGUCCAACAGCCAAGGAGGAAUUGUGUCUUGCCAACAAUCACAUGAGUGAACUUAGAAGUGGAUCCUUCCCUAGUUAAGCUGGCACUUUGAACUGCAGCUUAUGACAAAUCCUGAACCAGAGGAUCCAGUUAAACAAUGCCCAGACUCCUGACCCACAGAAACUGAGAUAAACAAUGUUUUAAGCUCCUAAGUUUCAGGGUAAUGUUACAUGGCAAUAGUAAUACACCAGAUGAAUCUAGUUGGCUCCAAGUUCAUGCUCUUCACAGUUUCAGUACAGUAAGUUGUUUUUUCACUGCCCUAUCUUGUUUUCAGGUGCGAAGUGACUUCCAUUCCUUAUUUGAUGGCCUCCUCUACAAAAACUUCGGGUUUCUUAAGAGCUCUGCUUAUCUCUAAACUCUCACUCAGUCCUAGAAUUCGGAAGUUCAACUCUUUUUUUAAAAAUCACUCUUAUACUUUAGGACAGUUUGGGUAAUUAGUUAAGUAUUCCACCCCUACCCCAGAAUACUCUUUGUCUUCCAGAUCAGGCAUCUCUCUUGAUUAGGCUAUCCUACUCAAAAUUUUCCUCAGGGUAGCAUCAUAAAUUUAGAUUAAUACUGGAAAAACCAAAAUUUAUCUCCUCAAGCAUUCUAGCUCUAAGAUUUGGAGUGCUGGCCAGGUGUGAUGGUGCACAGCUAUAAUCCCAGUACUUGGAAGGUUGAGGCAGGAAGAUCACAAAUUCAAGGCCAGCCUGAGCUACAUAAUGAGUUGAACCCCAGCCUGGACUACAUAGCAAGACCCUGUCUCAAAAAACCAAAAUUAAAACUAAAAAAACCAUUUGGAAUGUCAUUCUUCCAUGGUGCUUAUUCCAGUGAGAGGAAUGGUGGUAUCUAGGUUUGUUUUUGAGGACAACAGUGCUGUUAGAUUAGACCCUUUCGGAUCUGGUAGGCAGAAUUCUAAGGAAUUCAAAAUCUUGCCAACACUGAAAUACAAACUGGGCUGACAAGACCUAAGAAAGCACAAAGGUGCCCCAGCUCAACAGUACAUUAGCAUCCUGUAGAGAACUAUAAAAUAGGAUACCAGACUGCUGCUGCUUCCAAUCAAUUUGUCCUGAUUUUAGGAGCAAUGGUGAUAUACCUACAUACCCUAUUAUACGUAUUUCCUGUUUUCUGAUUUAGCUGUUUUCAAUUCCUCAGAAGUCUUUUGCUUAAAAUGUUUUUCUUUCCUUUUUCUUCAAAAUACGCCAAAUGGCGGAUGAUGCUGGUACAGCAGGAGGGCUUGGGGGCCUGGCGUUGAGAAUAGAGAGUCCAGGCAUGAGGGGCCAAAAUGGAGAGUCAGACAGUUCUCUUGGAGACUUCAGGGGCAUGAUGGCUAGGGGUGAGGACAAGGAGUGAAUCCCUGUUCCUGAGCUGAGCUGGCUGGCUGGCCAAGGACAUGAUCACCUCUCUGGAGGAAAUUUCUGUCUUCUCCCUAUCCAUCAGGGGGUCUUGAGAUGACUGACUUUUUCCUGGGUACGUUUCUAACAGUGAAGUUCUAAAAAUCAUGCCCUUGCAGAAGCAAACUGGUGCUGACCUACAGAUGAGGUUCAAGGCAUUUGUCACUAUUGGGAACUACAAUGGUCAAGUUUAUCUGGUUGAAAAGUGCUCCUAGGAGAUAGCCACUAUCACCUGAGGGGUCAUCAUCCUGGCCAAGCUCUCAGUUGUUCCUGUGAAGAAAGGCUAAUGUGGGAACAAGACAAAGCCCACAUUGUCCCUUGCAAGGUGACAGGCUGCUGUGGCUCAGUGUUGAUGUGGCUGAUCCUGCCCCCAGGAGCACAGGCAUUGUGCUUGUGCCCUGUGCCCAGGAAGCUGCUGCUGCUGGCAGGGGCUGCACUGCCACUUUGGGCAACUUCACCAAGGCCACCUUGGGUGCCAUCUCCAAGACCUACAGUUACCUGAUCCCUGACCUCUGGAAAGAGACUAUGUUCACCAAGUCUCCUUACCAGGAAUUCACUGACCAUCUUGUAAAAAAAAAAACAAGCUCCAACAGUAUCUCCAACAUAGGGUUUUUACACAAGAAAAAGUGAACGAAAUCUGUUAAAAAAAAAAAAAGCUGGGGCGAUAGCUCAGCGACACAGUGCCUGUCUAGUAAGCACGAAGUCAUGAGUUUGAUUCCUGGUACCAAAAAAAAAAAAAAAAGUUUCUCUUUCCUAUAUCCUUGUUUCAGUAGAUAUUAUGAUUGCUUAUACUUGAUAUUAUGAUUGCUUAUAUUUGAGGCACUAAUCCAGAUAUCGGAAUUACAAUAAACUCAUUCAGGGUUUUCCCCUCCCCAGUUGCUAAUUAAAAUUUACUUUGAGCCCAGCACUCUGGAGGCUGAGGCAGGAGGCUCACAAGUUUGAGUCUUGCCUAGGCAAUUUAGUGAGUCCAUGUCUGUUUCAAAAUAAAAAUUACAAAAGGGAAUGUACAGUGGUAGUCCUGGGUUCGAUCACCAGCACCUCUAAAAACAAAGCAAACACUCCCCCAAUAAAAAACUCAACAGAAAAACAAUGUGCUUAGUUAAAUUACAGCAGCUACCGAUUCUACAGUGAGUAGUAACCUCUCUAAGAAAUCCAAUGGGAAUUCUUCAUAAAGAAUCUAUCUCGGGUAGAAGUCCCACCCACGUGGGAGGAGUAGAAGGCUUCCAUUCGUUUCACAGGUGAGAGGAAGCCCCCUCCCUUCCCUGCCUUAAGCCUCAUUAGUGGGCGGAGCUGCAUUGAGCCUUGCACGUAAGGAAAGAGAACUCCGCCUUCUACGUGCUCGCGAGGGGCGGGGUAGGGGACUAGGCGUGAAGUGAUUGGCUAGGAGGCGGGGCGUCGCGAGUUGGCUCCACCCAGGCGCUCUCCAGGAUCUCGGGCGGAUUGACGGGUGGGAUCCCUUGGCGAUCUCUACACCCAGCGAUGGCGCCUCAAGGCCGCGCCCAGUUCCCCGCUUGCCCUCCGGUACUCAACGCUCUCUUGAGUUUGCUCACACGGUGAGAACUCUGGCGGGUCGGAGGAAGCGGCGGGACGCUGCCUGCGACGAGGACCAUGAGAAGCGGCCAGACCCGCGGGGCCGAUAGUGGGAGCCGCCGCGGCACCUGCUGAGAGAGAGGAGGGAGCGGCCCGGUGCGGCUCGCGCUCGCGUUGCCUCGCCAUGUCGCUGCUCUGCGUGCGCGUUAAAAGAGCUAAAUUGCAAGGUUCACCAGUGAGAUAAGCCGUCUGGACCUGGGCCUAAGUGUGGAAGUGUGGAACAAAGGGCUGAUCUGGGACACCAUGGUGGGGACCGUGUGGAUCGCACUGAACACUAUUCGUCAGUCGGAUGAGGAAGGGCCUGGGGAGUGGUCUACCUUGGAGGCAGAGACAUUAAUGAAAGAUGAUGAGAUUUGUGGGACUAAAAACCCAACUCCUCAUAAAAUUUUGCUUGAUACAAGAUUUGAGUUGCCAUUUGAUAUCCCAGAAGAGGAAGCCAGAUAUUGGACUUACAGAUUGGAGCAAAUGAAUGCCUUGGGAGCUGACAGUGAGUAUUCUAUGCAAGAAGAAAGCCAGAGGAAGCCACUGUCCACUGCUGCCACCCAGUGUUGUCACUGGACCUAUUUGGGCUGGGGAGAGCAGCAAACCUCUGAAGACCCCGAUAGUGCCGUGGAUGACAGAGACAGUGACUAUCGCAGUGAGACCAGCAACAGCGUCCCACCUCCUUAUCACACGACUGCACAGCCCAAUGCUUCUGCACACCAGUUCCCUGUGCCCGCGCGGCUGCCACCACAGCUGCUGCUUCGGGGCAGUUCCCGGGACUCUUGCAAUGACUCCAUGCAGAGUUAUGACCUCGAUUAUCCAGAGCAGCGGCGGGCCCUCAGACAAGGUGCAAAGCCUAAAAAUGACAAAAUUAGGAUUAUUUCAGCUUUUUCUCAUGUUGAUUUUGAAGAACAAGAAGAUAUAUAUGAGGAAGUAGAGGGAAAAAUAUCACAAGACUUUGUAGAAAAUAAUAACAUAAACUUGAAGGAAGCAGCAAUAAAAGAAGUUAGAACCCUUUCAAAAACUGAACAACCAAAAUAUAACUGGGAAGAGAUACCAAUGUGGAACCAACGAACAGCACUCUUCCCUGCCAUUCAUUUUGAUCAUGUGUUUGAAACAUCUGUACACUCUAGCUAUCCUCAGAAAUACUAUACAAUAGAUAGAACAAAAGAGAAACCCUUACAGAGUCAUUUUGAAGAAAGUGAAAGAAGACAAUAUGGUGAUAAAUCUAGCACUAAGACUAAUUGCAAAGAUGUCUGUCUUGAUAGUGAGCAUUACAGUUGCCACAUUGAAAAGAGGAAACAAAAAUACCCAGCUUUGCACCCCUACAAAAAUGGAUUUAUGGUUAAGAGUGGCAUGUGGACCACUAAGUUAAAAGGUCAUGAUUGUGAUCUACCCUGUUGUUUAAGGAACUGUGAAAAGUCACCUGGCCCAAAUCAGUAUGUCUCUAAUUUUACUCCAGUAGAUAGUCUUGAAGAUUCUACCAGUAGUACUUCUGAAGAACUUGUGGACUCUCCCAUUUCUGAAAAGCAGGAAACGUGGCAUCCAUCCAGGAGUCAUGAGGUUGCAGAAUUUGCUUACAGAUAUUAUGUAUCAGAUCCAUCAGUGCCAUUACAAAUGGUGAAUGGUAAUAUAAACACAGUUGGAGAUCUUUCUGGGUGUUCCACAAGAGAGACCACCUCUUCAUCCAUUGAAGAACCCAAAGAAGACUAUGUUGAUACAAUGGAUGAGCUUCAGUGUUUGGUAGAAACAGUGUCAGUAUAUUUAGCAGAGAAGGAAGAGGAAAUUAAUAGAUUUGGUUCUGUUUCAAUAGCUAAAAAAGCACACAAACCUGAAAGUACUGUUAAAUCCAAUAAUGCAGAACAGAAAGUGCCUGAGGGUCAGAUGCCACCUUUGUCUGUUUGCAAGGAUGACAAGGCCAAGGCCAUGUCUUUCCCGGAACUUAAUGAGGUAAAAUGUGCUGUUGGUUCUUUAUUCACCUCACUUACAGAAAAAGUGGGUUCAGGCACAAAGCGUCUCACAACCUCUGUGGAAAAACUGGUUCAUGUAGUUCCAGAGAAAACAGACCCUCUUAAUCAAACAGAGUCAGUUAAUUUGAGCUCUAGACCUAGAGCCAUGUCAGUAUCAGAGAAAGAUCCUCCCCUGCAAUCUUCGGUACCCCCUCACACAGUGGAUGGUAAGGAUAUCAGAAGACACCGCAGAAUUCCUGAGAGUAAGCAUGUGGGCAAUGAGAUUGGCAGCUUAAACUUUGAGGGCACAACAGAAACAACUGGAAAAAACUCAGCCUCACAGAUUCAGAGUUCAGUUAUAAAAUCUGUUUUUAGCAUGCUAAAUCCCCUGAAGCUUCUUUCAGAAAAAGAAGAAGCCAGAAAAGGGGACCAGAGCAGGGCACCAAGAAGGGAAAGCUUUGUUGAGUGUGAUUCAGAGUCCAAUCAAAGGGACAACACCCUUGACAAUCACAGUAGUAUUAUUAAUGCCUUAAAUAAGAGUGAUGGAGGAACCACAGGAAAGUUUCAAAUGCCAGCAAGUGAAGAUUUGUCAUUCUCUGAAGAGAAAAAUGGACCUUCCAAGUCCCCUAGUCAUGCAAGGAAGAAAGAUGAUAGUGAGACUCUGUUGGAAGGCAAACCCUGUGAAGAUCUAAGUCUUUCUUGGUCUCAUCCACCAAAACUUGGUGCUGAAGAUACUUCAGGACAUCUUUGUGUAGCUGACAGUAGAACCACAAAUAAAGAGGUUUCCUUAAAGCCUGUAGAGGACAACAAAAUUCCUGGUGAUGAUGAUUUCCUCGAACCCCUCAGAAAAUCAUUCAGCCAGUUUUUGUUCACUCCCUCCAAUGAGACAUGUUCAAAGGAAACUUCGUCAGAAUCUGUGAAAAAUGACCAUAUCAAGGAAGAUGGGUGGGAAAAGGGCUGUAAGAAAGAUAGACAUUCCUUUUUGUUUAGUGGAAAACUGCAUAUUCCAUUUUUGAGAGUUCUUAGUCAUUCUGAAACACAGCCGGAUUUAAGAGAAAAAGGACACAUUUUUCCUUCAUUUAAAUUUCCUUUCACUGAUAGUUGUACCUUUGUUAAUGACCAGCAUUUUCAUGGCUCAGCAGCAACCCCUGAUACAGAGAUUGAUAGAAAUUGCCAUGAAGAUGCCAAACUUAGUUCAAUAAAAUCUAGUUCAGUUCCAAAUAUUCAUAAUGAUCUAGAGGAAUUUAGUAAUACAGGGGAAUUUAAUAAGAAUGACCAAAUAAAUUAUCUCCAAAAUGCCAAACUUAGUUCAAUAAAAUCUAUUUCAGUUACAAAUAUUUGUAAUGAUCUAGGGAAAUCUGGCAACACGGAGGACUUUAAUAAGAAUGGCCAAAUAUGUUGUCUUGAAGAUGCCAAACUUAAUGUAGUACAAUGUGAUUCAGCCCUAGCUGUUAAUGAUUUGGGGAAACUUGAGAGUGUCAGGAAAUUAAAUCCAAGUGACUGCAUAGCAGUAGAAAAUUGGGAAAGAGAGCCCUUAGGUGUCCCUGUGGUUGUGACCAAAGAACAUAUAACUUCAGAUCUUUCAGGAGAAGGUAAAAAUCUUAGGCAAACGACAUUUUCAACAGUAUCAGACUCUUCAUCAGAGUUUAUUUCUACUAUUUCAAAACCCACUUUGGUUAAUGACAUUAAUGAAGACAAAGUUACAGAUAAAACUUUCAAAAAAAGAAUCCAAGGAGGCCUCUUUUCUGGGCUGUUUAACAGAUUUUCUUCUGAAAACUUGUCUAAUCAAUUAAAUUUGAAAACUGAGGAGUCCCAUCACAUGACUAGUACCCCAAGUUUAUUACUGUCUGGAAUAUUUAACCUGAAAUCUAAUAGCAGUAUAAGUGAUUGUAAACCAGAUGAAACAAAGUUCCUAUCUUCAGGUGACAUAAAAAAUGCUAAUGAAAAUAAGCAUUUGUCAUUGUCUGAGGUCCUUGCUACUCCAAGCGCUACUUCUAAGAACCAGAGGAACCAGGUUGAAAAGCAAACUUGUAGCUCCACAUCAUUAUCUAGAGAAAACAUACCACCCUCUCAUGAUUGGGUUGAUAAUCACUGCUACCCUUCUAUGGGGAAAAACCAAGAAAGUGAAAAGAAUUGUCCCUCUGCUGAGAACGCAGUAUUUCACUGUGCUCCCAGUGCUGAACAGGGCCACUUCAAGAAAUCGAUGGCUAAGAGGCCAAUGCCAAACCAUAUUUUUGAGGCAAACCUACAUGAAAGUUCAAACACACCAAGUUCACCUCUACUAAAUACUAACAUUUACAAUAAACCAGUCCGCUACCAGGCAUAUGAAGAGGUGAACAGUCCUUUCUGUUUUGAGUGGGACACUUACAUAAAUGAUUUCUCUAAAAACUCCAGAAAACUUCAGCCAAUUUAUUAUUUGUUGAAUCAAAAUACAUUUCCUUCAGAGGAUAGUUUUUUGUGGCCUGACUCAGAAAACCCAGGAAUAUCUUUUUGCCAAAAGGAUCAAAAUGGAACUUUUAUGGAUUGGAGAACCAAUCUAAGCAGUCUCAUUUGGUGUGACUUACAAUAUGAAUCAUCCAACGAGUUAGCACUUAAUGAAGAUUGCUUAUUAAGAGAUUAUGUGUGGGCAGCUCACCCAUUAUAUGGAAGUUCUGGUUGUCUUCCAGUUAAUGAGACUGAGAAUUCACUAGAAGAAUUGCCCAUUGACUUGAGUUACUCUUCAAAUUAUGAGAAAACCAUAUGUUCCACAGUUGAUCAAGGACCAUUAAAAAGGGAUGAAAAUGUUAUUUUUUCAAGUUUUGAUUAUGAAUACCAGGAAUGGUUGUCAUGCCUUGAAAAUGGAAUCUGGUGGCCCUCAGAAGAUGGGGAUUAUGGAUAUUAUAUGUUCCAUGAUGGUCAGUAUAUUUAUUCUCUCCUCACUGAUUCUACUGGGGAGUAUAUAUAUUUAUUUAUACCUGAUUAUUCUUAUCAAGAGUAUUUGAAUUAUGAUUUACAGACAAAUGAUCUGUCAGGUAUUAUGUUAGAAGACAGCACUAAUUCUGCCCCUAAAUUACUUGAUAAGGAAGAUGAACUAUUUUGGUAUGUUAAAGAAGAAGCGAUUGAUGACCCUCUUGAUUUAUCUAUGGAAUUACCAAGAAGGCAAGGACCAUUGUAUUUGAAUUUAGGCAGUUUUUCACAAGUGCUUGAAGAGUCAAGUUUUGGCCAAAGGGAUCAGCCAUUAGAUUUUUCGGGGUAUAAUCCUCAAAAGUUUAGAGGAGAUUGUAGGUCUUUCAAAAAAAAGCCCUGUGGUUUUGAAGAUCUUGAAUAUAUACUAGAUCUCAGAAAGCAGCCUCAAAAUAUUGGUAAUCUUGUCCUAAACAGAGGCAAAACUAUAGAGAGAGAUGAAAAUCAGACUGUGGCUAAAGAUUCAUCAGUUCACCUUUCCAGUUUCCACUGGCUUCAGUCAUCCUCUGAAGAAGCUGCCUGUUUGGUUCAUCCCCAAGAUGUGCCUGAAGGCUCACAGCAGGCAGAAGAAACAUCAUCAGUGAACAAAGUGACUCCAUUAUUUUCUGUUUUGGGUGCCUUGGUUGAAAGUACUUUGAAUUUUGGUAAGAGUGAAUCUUUGGAGACUUUGGUCAUGCACAAAAUAGAUCAGCAGUCAAAAUUAGCAGAGUUCACAAAUGAUGGUCUUGAAUCAUUAAUCUUGAAUAAGCAAUUACAGAGUAAUUCCCAAAAGGAGGAAGAAAGUUGUCUUAAAGAUUCAGAAAGAAAGACGAUGUCCAGUGUUGCGCAAACAGAGUUUACUAAAAAUGUGAGGCAGAGAUUCCCCUUGCAUAGAAGCAUUCCUGUGAAAAGACAGAGCUUGGUAAACUCUGGCUGUCAGGUUAGCCAUACAGCUCCUCAGACUAAGCCAGAUAUGGAAGAUGAUAAAUUCGUUAUAGCUGACUCUGAUUCAGCUCCUCUUGGACCACAGCUUAGUAGGGAUGAGUAUAAAAAUUGUGAGCUUUCUGAAGACCAGUCUUCUAAACAGCCUGAGAGAACAUUAUUUAAAAGCGCACUGAAAUUCUUUGGUCAAGAAGAAGUGUCUUCAGUGACUCUGAUGCCAAAUGAAAAACAGUCAUCUGGAUUUUUCAACAUUUUUAAAACCCAAGUGAAUAAAGAAGAGUUAUCAAACUUGGAAAAUGAUGAUAAAAAUGAAAAGACAUCAUCUCAAGAAAAGAAAGAAUCUUCUACUGUUUCAAAUUUUUUUGGUACUCUUGGAGAUUUCUUUAAAACCAGUGUAUCUCCUGUUCAAACAACUGAAAAUGUGUCUGUUUCUUCAGUGACUGCUAAGGAUGAGGUCAGGUCAAGUCCGGUAGAAGUAGCACAGGAAAUUGAAAGCUUUCCUUCUAAACCAGUUUUCUCCAAAGGAAAGGCUAAAAUUAAAAGCCUCAACAAACAGACUACUAUUGAUGACAGUGAUUGGAGAGAACCAUCAACUGGGAAGAUCCAGAGUGAUAAUUUUAGUCAAAAAGAGGAACCUUUCAGAGACUACCUACUUGAACAGUCAGCAAACCUUUGUUUCUCAGAUAGUCUCAGAGAGUCUUCGAGAGAGUCAUCGAAAGAAAAUAGUGGCAUUUCAGCCAUUGAAGCUCCAAGGGAUAACAAAGCAUUUUUUGAUAUUCUUAACAGAGGACAAAAUGAACAAAGUCAUCUUCCUAACCAAGACCAGAGUUCUUCAGCUGCUGCGACAUCUUCAUCUCAACCAGAGCUGCCAACCAGGAAGAGUAUAUUUUCUUUUUUGACUAGAUCUGAAAAUUCUGAGAACAGAGCCUCUGCUGCCCUACCCCGAAUCAAGUCACAAGCAGAAGGGCGAUUCACACUUCCCUCUUUUUUCACCACUGCUGCCUCAGGCGUCAAGAAGGGUACUUCUCAUAGUAGCUCUACUUUUAGUUUCUUCAGCCUGGCCUUUCUGGAUGAAAAACAGCAAACUCCUAGGGAAAAACAAAGCCCUUCAACUGUUGCUCCAGUGACUUCUCAGCCCUGCAAGAAGCCAAGUGUUUUUGUAGACACUGGUGACACAGUGACUCGGAAAGUUUGUAGCAGUCAUAGAGACAGCACAGCCCAGGAAGUAACUCAUGAACAGCAGGUGAUCCCUUGCAUUUCCACAAAUAACACCAGUGAGGGUACUGCCCUUGCAGAUGAACUUAGUGCAGAGAAAAUUCAGGGAACACUGAGCUCCAGUAAUGAGCCAGAGACAGCUGUAGAUUUCCAGAUAAAUCAGUUGCAGAACACUGUUGUUCCUCCUUCACCAGCAUUUCAGGAGCACGCUGAAACACUCUUCCCUGACCUGGAGAACUACAGGGCAGCCCCCUAUAAGGAAGAGGCUUCCAACCAGAAAGCCUUUUCCCAUGAUUCACUGGCCAACUCUUUUUCUCAUGAUAACCAUUUGAACAAAGAGUUAAACAAUUUAGAUGCUUGUACUAAACAUCAGAAUGAAAGCUUUCCUACUGAUCCACUGAACUUGCCAUUGGAAGAAGCCCCUGAUAAGGGCACACCGGGGAUUCUAGAGUCAGCUGCUGCUUCUGCAGACUCAGAGGGUGGAGGGCUCCUCCAGAACCAAGAUGCAGGUAAAGAGGAAGACAAAACAGUGUUAAGCUCUAAAGUAGAAAUAUUUUCAGGAUUUGUGACCAAAGUAAAAUCUUUCUCUGAAUGUCUAAGUGAACCUCCUAAAGCUUUCUCUGGAAUUUUCUCCACUCCAAAAUCUCCAAAGAAAAACUCCUUCUUUUCUCUUUCUUCUAAGGCAUCACCUCAGCCUCUCAAAGGUGAGUUGUUUAGAAUUUUUAAAAGUCCCAAAUCAGAGACAUAUAAAGAACCAUCUGUAGCUACUUCAUGCCUUCAAAAUAGUUGUUCCAGAGAUUCUGUAGAAUCAGUACUUCCAGAAAGUUUGUGUAGAGAAGCUGCCUCUUCAGGACUCAAUUCUGACUCACCUGUCAGUGAUUAUAGAAUGAAUGUGAUUAGUAUAACAUCAGAAUCAGGUACCUUGAUAGAUGACCCCAAACUGACAAUUGAAGGUGAAAAAGAUAAUAUUCCUGAAAAUAUUCCAGGACCCCAAGGUUCUGACAUGGUCGCUCUGUCUUCUGUUUCUGAAGAGGAUAUGAGGCAAGGGGUAUUGUCUCUGAGUGAUGAAGGAGACAUGGGGUUGUUACAGGGCACAGACACAGAGGCAUCACUGGAAGCUGAGCAGAGCCUACUGCCAACACGAUUGCAUCCACACUCCACUGGGACUGCUGAAGAGCUUCCUCUUCCACCUCAGCCACCUCCUCCUCUUGAUCCAGAGCCAGCUAUUCAAGCUGCCUCCACAAACAGAGACUUUUUGGAACUGUGUGUAACCAAUUCACUAGAAGCCAAUACCACACUGUUUACUGAGGCAAGUGUCUAUGAGAGUACCACAAUGGACACUCAAGGGUACAUUGCCCACCCUCCAUCAGAGCAACUUGUGCUUUGCACCAAGGAAAGCUGUGGGACACUUCCUGCCCAGAAAGAUUCACCUGCAGUCUCUCAGGAAACAGAGCGGCCAGGAUCUCACUUUGAGAUCCCAAACAUGACCAAGUGGCCAAAAUUGCCCUUCUCAUCCUGUACUACUGACUAUGGGAAGACAUUGAGCUCUUUCUUUUCCCCACCUUCCUCCUCUGGCAACAAAACAGCAGAGACUAAUUUAAUGUCCAGUUUUAAAAAGUUAUCAACUCUAUUUGAGGGAGGUAGUGAGGGGAAAUGGAAUAAACCGGAAAGUGAUCUGAAGGUAGGAUUUGGAAGGAAACUAGAUCUUUCAUUUCCAUGGCCAAAAGAGAACAAAGGAAACCCUGAACAGAUGCCUACAGAAUCUUCCCCUCCAGUUUUGAGUAUUAGCAGCAACCAGGAGCAGCAGCAACUGAACUCCAAUGGGGCUAACAAAGCUUUGAAGUCUUCUCAAAUACCUGGCACCAGCGCUGAGCCAGCUGAGGCUGGUACUCAGCCCUCUGUGGCUUCCGAGCAGCUGGAGGCAAGGCCAAGUGCUCAGUGGCUUUCAGAGCCUGGGGAAAUGGAAGACCAGCUGCAAAGCCCAGCAUCUGGAGAACAUUGGAAUAAAGAAGGCAGCCUCUCUAGUUCUACCUGUCUUUCAGGAAAACCUGAGGAGGAGCACAGCACUGCCUCUGAACUACUUCACCACCCAGAAAAGCAAGUUCCUGAGGUGGUGUCAGCUAGCGCUGAUUCUGUUUCCUAUGUACAGCAACCAGAUGCUCUCAGUGAUGCCAAGGACCCGGGGACCAGCAAAAGGCCUGUUCUCAACUCAAGCAUCAUAAAUGGCUUUAAGAAAUUGACCAUUUAUGAUGUAAAUAGCUUAGUAGUAGAUUUUCUUAGUUGCUUUUUACCCAAUUAUAUCUUUCCUGGCACUUAACAUUCAUGUUAAUUAGGGGUUACAUUAUAAGAAUUAAUUUAUGGGUGGGUAUUUUCAUCAUCUCCUUUCAGUUCUUGUUGGAACAAGGAGUGUCCUGCUUAUGGGCAAUGCUAGGCCAUGAGAUUUAAUCAUUCUGGUUUGUUUUUCCUUGUAUAAUGAGGAAUGGAGGAUGCAAAA